UGCCCAACGUUUGUGCCACUGGGAGGAAUAACGCCCCAUCAUUGGUAUCAAAGAGAGAGGUAUAGUGCCCCAUCAUUGGUGUCAGUGGGAGGAAUAGUACCCCAUCACAGGUGUCACUGGGAGGUAUAGUGCCUGAUCACUUUUGUCAGUGAAAGGAAUAGUGCACCAUCCUUGGUGCCAGUUGGGGGAAUAGUGCCCCAUCAUUGGUGUCAGGGGAAGGAAUAGUGUCCCAAGGGCCGGAUAAAUCCAAGCAAAAAAAGGGCCACAUC